UCCAUGUGCCAUCUCCCUCUUUAUAAACCCUCACUUCACACAACCUUCACUCAUGCACCCUUUCCAUUCUCCUUCUUCAUCUUCUUGUUCAUUCAAUCAUUAACAAGCAAGCAAACAAACAAACAAACUACAAUGGAUAACAAUCAACCACAAGAUCAAGAUUUAGGAAACAAAACUAACAACAGUUAUCUGUGUAGGCAAAGCACUACAAGGUGGACACCAACAAGUGAUCAAAUCAGAAUACUCAAAGAACUUUACUACAACAAUGGUAUCCGAUCACCAACAGCUGAUCAGAUUCAGCGAAUCGCUGCUCGACUCAGACACUACGGCAAAAUCGAAGGCAAAAAUGUGUUUUAUUGGUUUCAAAACCAUAAAGCUCGUGAGAGACAAAAGAAACGGUUCACCCCACCUGCACCACCACCACCACCACCACCUACACUGCCACCUUCCAACACCACCACCACCAUGCUUACAUCUCCAUUUUCCGAUCACCACCACCACCACCACCAGCACAUGCAAAUUCAGUCUCACCACCUGCCUUAUUUCUAUAAUAACCAACCAGUUAAACUCCAUGCCACUCAUCAUAUCUCACCAUCGGAGGGUGGUGGUUCUUCAUCUUCACAAGCAUUCUUACCGGUUGGGUGCAGCUAUGGAGCUAUUACUAUGGAAAAGAGUUUUAGGGAUUGUUCGAUAUCACCGGGAGAGUACACAGUCUCCGGAGGUGAAAUCCGCAACUUGGGAUCAUGGGUUGAGGUCGAUUCGAGUUGUUUAGACAAAAUGAAGUCGGAGAAUGAAACCGAGGAUGGAGGAGAGUUGUCAACCGAUAUAGAGACACUUCCACUGUUCCCAAUCCCUGGUGGCUCUACUACCACCACCGCUAGCGGCAGCCAACAUGAUUUUUUUAAGAUGAAGGAAGCGCUAUCAUCGGAGCAUAGCAAUGGAGGUUUAUAUACAGAUGUAAACUGGUAUCACUCUGAUGGACGGACUUCACUUGAAUUAAGCCUAAACUCAUAUGGAUAUUAUGAUUCAUGUUAGAUUAUAAUUAGCAACUACUUACACGUUAUGGAUGUGAUUAUCUAUUGAAUGCUUCUCUUCUAAUAUAUAACAUACACCAACCUUUUCUAUGA